AUCACAAAGAACUGUUUCCAUAGCUGUAAAGAGUCCAUAAGACAGAAACAAUAAACAACUACUAAAAAAUGGCAGGACUCAUGCACAUCAGCUAUGUGUUCAGAUUCAUCAUGAUUUUAGGAUUUGCUUUGUCUGUCUUAUCUUUGACCAAUCCUGGAAAGCGUACCAGCUGCUGCAGACAAGUUUCCAAGACGUUUGUGAAACAUAUUGUGAGUUAUGAAUACCAGCCCGAACAACUGCCAUGUGUAGAAGCUAUCAUAUUUUUUACAGAAAGUGGAAAUAUGUACUGCUCCAAUCCACAUGUCAAAUGGGUGCAAAAUAAAGUGGCACAACUCAACAAACUUAAAUAUCCAAAUGACAAUGAAGCUCCUGCUACAACACAGAGCAAUCAAGGAUUCAAAUCUACAUCAUUUUAGGAGAGCACAAAUAAGCCUGACCUCUAUAUUAAGAUGAGAUAUGUUUUAAAAUGUAUCACUGGAUUCAAGUUACUUAGUCAUUAACAGCCAUUUUAAUUUGAUUGCCACAUAUUGACGUUCUAUUAACUUUGCACAGCCUCAUUAGCAGUUUGCUACUGAAAAAAGUCAGCUGAAACAUAUGUGUGCUCUUUGACUAUAUGUCAUAGCUCCAUGUUUCCUGUUACAUUCAUUCUGUUGUUAACUGCACAGUUUAAUUUUGCUUACAAUCACAAACUCUGAUAAUAGGCCCAAAAACGCAUACGAGCAAUGCUUUUUUAUCAGUAUUUUUUCACUAUGAUAACAAUGCCUUACUCUAAAUGUUUUAAUGGAAUGUUAGCAAAUGUUUCUAUCAUUCAGUACUUUACAUUUGCAACUGGGAAGCUAGCCAGCUGUCUGGGACACAUGUACAACCCAUCUUAAAUGACUUCAUUGGCAGAAAAUGUAUCACCUCAAAGUAAUCAUUUUCAUAGCUGAAGCCAGAAACCUGAUAUUUCCCUCAACCCAUGCCCUCAAAAAUUGUAUGGGAGGUACAUCUGAAAUAAUGUACCUGUUAUAAUAACAUUGUUGCAGUUUAUUUCAAGCUGUAAUAAAAAAUGUGUUGAAUUUCUUUUAUAUGACCUUGGUAUCACUGCCCCUGACUCAGAUAUAGUACCAUUUGUAAGAAAGAAAGCAGUUGGGUAUAGAUUUGAAAAAAUAUUAGCCUUGAAAUCAUAUUUAUAUGUAAAAAAAAGUGACUAAACAAAAAGCUGAACCUGGGAUAAAUAAAUACCCAAAUAUGAUAACUCAUUACCGACAUAAUUCCAUAUUCACUAAAUCUCUUGCCAACACACAGUAUUAGAUGCAAAGAUUAAUGAAAGUCACAGUAAUGGCAUUUCAUUGUUUUAUAGGAAGCUUCAAGCAUGAGUUGUCAAAUUCUGACUUGCCAAGGAUCAGAAUCCCCAAACUGCGUUCCCUGUAAAAAGGUCCAACUAUGUUUUUUUUUUUUUUCAGUGGGGCUUUCCCCAUAACUAAUAUGUAUACCAUAUCCAUGGUGGCACUUACUCAGAGAAGGAGGAAAUUACUCUCAAAAAGGGCUCAGCAACAGUGAUUUCCUGUGGAGGAGCUCCAAUCUUCAGCAGUUUGGACUUCAAGCAACUGACUCUCAAGAGUUCAAUUCUCACCCAUCUCUAGGUUAUUUGUUAUAGUAAUACAUCUCCACAAAAUGUCAAAUGUUAGAAAAUUAAUUGUUUCAGUAACACAAAAUGAAAAUAUCAAUUUUUUAGUGUCUGUACACUACAGUGAUUUCCAAGUGUAUAUUUUGAAUAAUUGGAUUACUCUUUUCAAUUAUUGUUCAACAAACUUAGUAAAAAGUGAAUUGAUAUAUAUUUUUAUAGGAAAAUAUAAAUGGAUUCUUACAAAAAAUGUACAAGUAUGUAUUUAAGUGGUUAUUUAUUACUAUAUAUUUAUUUUAAAUUCUAUUAAUUGAUAUAUGAGAAAGAAUUCUAUCCUGUCUGUGUUUAAAAGCAUCAGAUUUCUAAUGGAUUAACUGACUAUAAAUAAAAGAGAAUGCUGUUAUGUAUUUUAGUGAAUAAACACCAAUGUUUGCAAUGUCAGAAUAUAUUGACAUCCUCUGGAUGUAUCAAAAUAAAACAUUUCUGGACACAUGAA